CCGCGCUCGGCUUUGGCGCCGCCGACAUCACCUGGAAGCAGACGCUGUGCUGGGAGAGGUUGUGUCGUGGGGCUUCGGUGGUGGCGGGACUGUGGCGUUAAGAUGAACGCGCCUCCCGCCUUCGAGUCGUUCCUGCUCUUCGAGGGCGAGAAGAAGAUCACCAUUAACAAGGACACCAAGGUGCCCAACGCCUGCUUGUUUACCAUCAACAAAGAAGACCACACACUAGGAAACAUUAUUAAAUCACAGCUGUUGAAGGACCCACAGGUGCUGUUUGCUGGCUACAAAGUCCCCCACCCGUUGGAGCACAAGAUCAUCAUCCGAGUGCAGACCACACCGGACUACAGCCCUCAGGAAGCCUUCACCAAUGCCAUCACAGACCUCAUCAGCGAGCUCUCCCUGCUGGAAGAGCGCUUCCGGGUGGCCAUCAAAGACAAGCAAGAAGGAAUUGAAUAGUGGAUUGGAAGGAAACUUGCUGAACUGGGAGUCCAGCUCCUCCCUACCCUGGACACUUCUCUCUGGGUACCAAGCAGAAGAGAAGCUUCUCUCAGCUGUGACCCUCCUUGUAAAGCUAUCCCAUGAGCCCCUCACCUCUGACACUUUUAUCUCCUGUACAUAGGUUCUUCUUAUAUUCCUAAUAAAGUAUGGCAAAAAGAGACCUCGUUGUGGGCUGCUGU